CGCCUUUCUUUCUUAGUUCGCUGGAGCUGUUCUUCUCAGCCAUGGGCACGACCCAGGUCCGAAGGGGCCCCGGACGAGGCCGAGCUCGAGCUCGAGCAGCAGAACGCAAGAACGAGGACCCCAGGGGAGGCAGCUCAUGCACACCAGCUGCUUCCUCGCUCUCACCUUCUUCGAGCCAGUGAAGCGAGGUGAACUCAUCCAUCAUCGCUCGCUCGCUCGCGAGCACUUUUGAUGCACUGACUGCUCGCCUCGCAAACAACCAAGCCCAGGCCCAUCUCGCCGAAGCGAGGCGAAGCAAUUUGGGCUGAGGGCGCGAGCCGUGGGCGAAUGAGUGUUCAUGAUCCUAUAUUUGGCAGCGCAUCCGCAUCCGGACCAUCGCUUUGACCUGGCGCUUGUCGUGUCUUUGCAUAGUCGCACGUGAUCUUGAUCCGCGAGCGAGAGCGCGAGAGAGCGAGUGAGCGAGUUUUCAAGAACGCAGUUAGUGGUCGCCGUUCGUGUGGCUAUCCCUUGUCUGUGCAGUAAAUUCCUCUGAUCCGUUCCAUGUUAGAAUGUGGUAGUUAUUGACCCGGCGGGCGCCGCUGCAUAAGAGUCCCCUCCGAGAUCCUGCUCUCGCUCUCCUUGGCUGCGGCCGCUGCCAUGCCCAACUCCCUUGGCAGGACCUUUCGGUAAAAUUCCCAGCGUCGUCACCACUCAUUGCCACCCGAAAUUUUCUGGAUGCUGCAGCAGAUAGAGAGGCGCAUACGCAUGUCGUGUUGAUUCGAUGGAUUCAGAUCCAGCUCCGCCAUUGCGCUGCCUCGGAUCAUUCCGCCCUGGACGGCCCGCCGUCUGUGGAUUAUCGUGCACUUUAUGCUGGGACAAUGCGGCUUGCGACGGAUGAGGCUCGUCGGGUCCGUGCUGCUCUGAGGGCACGCCCGCGCGCGCCUGAUUAUCCGACAGUCGCCUCUCGGGUUUUACCCCUCUCGACCAAUCACUCAUCCAAUUAAGCCCACCCCCCUCUUGGAAUUUGUUGCCCCCUUGCCUCUCCUCUCUAAUCCCCUCCCCUCGUCCCCACCUCGUCGCUCCUGCCCCUCCCCCUGCCCCUCCCCCCGUCACUGCCUAACCGACUCACUCACUCGCUCUACGAGAUCCCGCGGAAAUUCUCGCUGCUCGCUCUCGCUUUACCCCUCCCGCUCCCCCUGCCACUACCCCUACCCCUCCCCCAGCCUCUCUGCCCCCUCGCUACCCCCUCCGCGCCUGAACGCAGAUCUCUUCGGAAGCCCGGGAAAUGCGCGCAGCGUAGGACGUCGGCCUGCAGGCGUUGGGCGGGGGGCGGGGGUUAGCUUAGCACAAGCCCGGACCAGCGAGCGCUAGCGGAGGGAGGGGAGUGUCGAAUUAUCGGCGGGGGGAGGGCGAGGGGAUCUUUUCGAUUCGGAGGAUGGGGCGUCGGGCGAUGAGCGAUCCGAAGCGACGAGGCGAAUGGCGAAAUCCGGCGGCGCUGUGAGAGUUCCAUGGAGCAGGGAGGCCCGGACGCAGCCGCCAGUGGCGUUUCGUCGAGCGUCGAUGGAUUGGAUAUGGGAGCUGCCGGCAGUUUGCGCCACUCGUCGCUCGGGCUCGGAUCGUCGGCUGCGCCCGUCGAGUAAUUCGUCGUGCUCCCUCCAUGACUCAAGGCUCGUCCAGAAGUAGCUAUUGCAACGACUAGCUGCGCCUGCUGCACCGAUGCGCCGAUGGCGAGCGUCGCGAGCAUGACUGCCGCGCUCUCUGUGUCCGCGGGCAAGUAGCCGAACCAGGAAAUGGCAGGCAACCGAACGAUUUUCUCUCAGUUCCCCGAGGAGAUCUUGGGAAAGGUCUUCAGCCAGCUGAGUAUGGAGGAUUUGGUACACGCAACUGCUGUAUGCAAAGCUUGGCAGCAGGUCGCUUCUUCGGAAACUCUGUGGGAGUUAAUUUGUCGACGUCGCUGGCGUCUGUGGAUGAGACCGUCCGCAGACGCUUCUGCUGGCACCAGUCAGCUCAAGGGUUGUUACUGGCGAAGUAUGUGCCAGCAAAGAGUGGAGCUUGAUACUCUCGCGCGAAGUCUGGUCGCGGACAUGGCCUGGCCGCUCAAAAGACAUUGUUGCUUGAGACAGCUCGUGAGUCUAGGUGAUUAUGUCGUUGAGGAGCUGGAAAAGCUGUCCUCUCAACAAGGCACCCUUCUCGAAGGCAUCCGCUAUUUUGCCUCGGUUGCCCUAGAGCGCAUCAACCAGAGUAACUGUGUCAAAGCGAUGCAGGAACUUCUGAAGACUCCUCUGCCGAAGCUCGAAGACUGUCUUGCGAGGGGAGCUUUGAUCAUAGCGAAACUCAGGUAUCAGGAUUUGGACAUAGAAGCCAUUGAAUCUAAACUCGAUGACUGGAAAGAGAUUCUGUUGGAGCGCCUUCGAAACGAUCCAGAGUUUACACGACAGGGUGGUCUGGAAACUUCCGGCGGUACUUUGGCGGGAUUGAAGCAACUCAAUGUCCUGAUAUUUGGAAAAGUAAGGUGCCCCACUCAGGGUGAAGAAACUGUUUUGCAUGGCCACCAUGUCGAUGAUGUACUUCAAGACAGUCAGGAGAGACAGAAUCUGAACUUGAGGGCGAGCAGAGAGGACUAUUACAAUCCAUCUUAUUAUUACCUCAACGAGGUGUUGGACUCAAGAAAGGGUGUUGAAACAAGUGUGGCAAUUAUUCACUCUGCCAUAGGCCGGAGAUGUCAAAUACCUGUCCAGAUGGUGGCGAUUCCCAUGCAUUAUGUGACGAAGGUUGGAGAAGAAGAAAGUGCAGAUGAGCGUUUCGUCAAUGUAUCGGAUUCCGGUCGCCUUCUUCAACGUAGCGAAUGCAUUGACCUCAUUCAGUCCAUGGGGCUCGAAUACGAGCCUAAAAUGCUUGCUCCAGUUCCUCCUUCCAGUGUCUUCAUUGCGAUAUGUGACAACCUUAUCGCAAUUUACUCGCAGGGAGAUGGAGACCAGGAUGCCAGGAGACAACCUAAAGAGCGUCAAAGGAUGCUUUUACCUCUCUUGGAUCUUUUGCUGGCAAUUAAACCAGACGACUGUUCAAAUCGAUUCAACAGAGUUAAGGUUUUGUUGGAAAUGUCGGACUUCGAAGCUGCAAUUAAAGACUUGGAGGAACUACUGAGGCUGACGGAUAAAGCCGGAAUGAACGCUGAGGAUGGUAUCUCAAGGGCUCUUCUGCAACAAUAUCUGCAAAACGCCAAGGAAAAACGAGAAUUUCAUGCAGCUUGGAGCAGUGCUCGGAGAACCCCACGACCUCAUGAUGUAUUGUACAAGAUUGGGACUAUUGUGACCCACGUGCGGCUGCAGUACCCUGGAGUUAUUUUUGGAUGGGACAGGGAAUUUUCCCUUGAUGAAGAGUGGAUCACUGUUAUGAAGGUUGAUCAAUUACAAUACGGUCGGAGCCAACCAUUCUACCGGGUGCUUGUUGAUCAGAACUUCCGUAGUACUUCCACUUACGUUGCGCAGGAGAACAUCAUGUUAGCACCUGGUAGUGGACCCUUAGUGCAUGAAGAGCUUGGUAUGCACUUCAUAGGUUACAGAGACGGGAUGUACAUCCCGAAUGAACAUUUGUGCUAUUUGUAUCCAGAAGAUGUUGUUGAGCAAGAGGAUGAGUCACAGCUGCGAGAUCAAACUGAGAUAGAUAAAACAUGGGCAUAUGACCUCAACAAGCACGCACCGACUUCUACAUCUCAUUCAGAGGUAGAAGCUGGCCCGUCUGAGUUCUUACCUAGUCUAUCACAGGAAUCUGAACGAGCGGCUCCAAAACCACCGGAGCAGCCGAAAGGUUAGGAAAUCACCAGUUCAACUCGGUCAACCAUACUGCUGCUGUGGAAAUCAUGACGGUGAUCUCGAAAGUAGAGCGAGAAGUGUUUUCCUUUCUUCUCCGAAACACUGGAAAGUGUUGUCGAAGGCAGUGCGGCAUUGUGGAAACGACGAUUUUUUCCAUCUCUUCUCGGCGUUGUCAGUGUGAGAUAACUUCUGUUAGGCACUUCCCGAUGUUUCCAAGUAUUCAACGCCCUUGAAACUGGAAAGCGAUGCUUGGAUCAAGUGCACUGUUCAGUGCCUAGUGUACGUCGCAGCAAACCUUCCGAUGCUGUAAAAGCAGAGUCCGGGCAGCCAGCAGCAUGCUAGCAUUCAUGGUUUCAUUGGCUUCAGUGAGGUGAGAGUUAUGCAACUGUCAGACCGUAAGAAUUAAACUGUUGAAUCAUGCCCAGGUGGCGAGGCACGAAGGUGAAUUGCGCAUCAAAGAUCCGAGUAUUUGCUAUCGCAGAUAAUCCUUAAUCCCUGCUAUCAUCCUGUGUGGAACUUCGGUGGUUUUAAGGAUCAACGUAUUGUUCUUACCUUGACAUGAGCGAAUGAUGAAGUGCAGAGGUUAAGUUACCCUACCAAAGUUUUCGACUGAAAGAUAACUGUGGGAUAAUUGAACAACAAUUGCUCAUCCUUUGUAUCUUUGAAUUCCUAAUUCUCUUCAAGGUGUACUUUAUUCAUGUGGUUACGAAAGUGAAUAAAUUAUUGAUCCCAGAUUUUCGCGCCUCUAC